AUGACAACUCUUCCUCAUUGAUAUAUACAAGCGUUUGAUUUUAUUAAUGAACAAUCCAGUAAUUUUUAAUAAAGAAUGCCUGAAGCUUGUAUUUGUGACCAAAAUCAGAAUGAUAGUCAGGAACAGGAGGCGCAGGUCUGUCAGCCUGUGGGGGAGUAUCCGCCCAAGGCGUACCCGCCGGACCACCCCUGCUGCGAUCAGAAGCUGAGGAACGCUGGCGAUGUCAUCAAGGGACCCCAGGUUGGGGACGCCUGCCCCCCGAUGGGCCCCCUCGGGCCCUGGGCGACCGGCCGAGUUGACUGGGGGCCCCUGGCGGGCCUGACCGGCACCCGGCCCGUCGUCGACCGCUACUCCAUCACUCGCUACAGCAACGACGAGUGGAGGAACCACAAUGCCGCACUCGUCAACGAAACUGCUGCCAAGCAUCAAAGUGCCAAUCGGGUGGACCACGAGAGCCGGCGCGCGGCGGAGUGCACGGCGUCCCGGGCGGACAAGGCCCAGCUGGACAGCACGGAGCGGCUGCAGCGGCGGGCACAGGACGUGCACUGCUGGAAGACGGAGCUGGAGCGGGCGGCCGUGGCGGCGGGCGAGGAGAUCAACCUCCUGGACGGGCAGCGACAGAGGCUGCGGACUGCCCUGGGGGUGCUGCGCCUGCCCGCGGCCAUCGCGGGGGAGUGCCUGGAGUUGCGCACGGCGCGCCUGGAGCCCGACCUGGUGCGCGACCGCGUCGAGGAGGAACUCGUCAAGGAGGUGGCGCUGGCCAGCGAGGUCGGCGAGCUGAUGCAGUGCACGCUGAAGCGGUUCGAGGAGCAGCUGGCGGCCAACAAGGCGGCCAAGCAGCGGGCCGAGUGCGACUGGAGCGACAAGAAGGAGGCCUACGAGAUCGAGACCACCAACGUCGGCCUGCGCAACAACUCCCCCGACAUCCUGUUCCACCCGGGGGCCACGCGCUUCGGCGGCAGCCAGUCGUCGCCCGAGUCGUGGGAGCGCCAUACCCGGGAGAGCCUGGAGCUGCUGGAGGCAGAGAACAAGCGGUCCAAGGAGCUGCGGGGCACGCUGGACGCGCUGCUGACGAACGUGUCGCGCGACCUGCGCGCCCAGGCCGACCUCGUGGACGCCGCGCUGGCGUGCCGCAUCGCGGAGACCACCGAGGCCCUCCGGUUCUUCGAGAGCGACCUGCUGCAGACGCUCAGCCACCUGGCCCAGACGCAGAAGCUGAUCCUGGACCUGAAGACCGCGGUGAGGGCGCAGGACAUGCCCCUCAAAGUGGCCCAGACGAGGCUGCACAACAGGCUGGAGCGCCCCAGCGUGGAGAACUGCCGGGACGAGCCGCAGUACGGGCUGGUGGACGAGGUGAAGUGCAUCUCGGCGGGCGUGGCCGGGCUGCUGGGCCAGCUGAAGCAGGCCGAGGACCUCCUGCAGACGCUGCUCAAGAACCGGGCCGACCUGGAGAGAGCCAUCCUGGUGAAGCGCAAGACGCUGGUCAUCGACGGGGAGCGCUGCCGGGAGUUGCGCUCCCACUUCCCGUCGUCUGUCGCUCUCUCCGGGUACUGAUUCCACUUCACCCCGUGUUGUGGUACCGGGGGGAAAAAAAUAAAGUACGUAUUUUCCUUCCUCCGAUAUUGGAUGUCACUCGCAUGUACAGGAUCAAAAUAUUUUUUUUUGUGUGCCAAUGAUAAAUUGUCUGUGAAGUUUAAUUUACUGCUGGUUUAAGAUUCAUAAGUUUUGAAAUAUAGUUAGUAAAUUUAAUGUCAUUAUUUAGAGUUUUUUCAUUUUCUUAUAGUUCAAGAUCAUGUUUCUGUCAUGGAAUUAUCGUUGCAGUGUGCUUGAAAAAUAAAUUUUAUUACAAGAAAAAA